GAAAUCGUCUUGAGCAACAAAGAGUGAAUGCUUUGGUGUUUGUAAACUAUAAUAUUAAUUUGGAGUUGAGACAAAUAAAGAGAGAAGAGAAUGGUGACUCAUAUGAUCCAAUUUGUCUAUCGGAUAUGGAAUCUGAUGAUGAAUGGAUUACCGAAAAGGAAGAACCUUGCUUGCCAAAAGAUACUUCAUGGAUGGACAUUCAUGAAUGUUUUGAAGUUAAUGAGGAAGGAUGUAGUAGAAAAAGAAAGAGAGGUCCAAGAAAUUUGAAUGCCAAAAAGAAAAGAAAAGAAAAAGUUAUUGAAGUUGAAGAACCAGAAGAGAUAGUGGAUGUUGGAGAUGAUGAAGAAGAUGUACAAGAAGAUGCCAAUGAUGAAAUGAUUUUGCAAGAUGAUAACUUCAUUGACUUAGACUAUGGAGAUGAUUUUGAUGAUUUUGAUUAG